AUGGCCUCCCUGAACCUCUCCACCAACGGUCCGUCGAUAUCGAAAAGCUACCAGUCGGUCGUCAACGCAUCGCUUCCUACUGGUGCUGCCGCAUCACCAACCUAUGGCCACUGGGCAGUCUUCUCCGUUUCAACUCCGCUUGUCAAUGCCUUCCAACAAGAUGCGGGUAACAAGGAGAGUGUUUUGAAGGUCCAGAGCUCAGGAGAUGGUGAAUUGGAAGAUCUCAUCGAGGAAUUCUCCGAAGGCCGGGUGCAAUUUGCCUACGUGAAGGUGACAGAUCCGAACACGGGGUUGCCCAAGAACGUUCUCAUCGCAUGGUGUGGCGAAGGCGUACCGGAACGGACAAAGGGUUAUUUUACCAGUCACCUUGCGACCGUUUCCAAAUUCCUACACGGGUACCAUGUCCAGGUCACAGCUCGAGCUGAUGGCGACCUCUCCCCCGCAGGCAUCGUUCAAAGAGUGGCAGACUCCUCGGGCGCCAAGUACUCAGCCGAGUCGCAGACACCCGUUGCCUCGACCACGUCCACUUCGACUGGCCCUCGACCCCCGGUUGCCAGCAAACCAGUAUUCACCCCCACCCGAUCUGGUGGGAUUGCCCCGACUCCGAUCGCCCGCACCAUCCCUUCUGCCUCCUCCGCCAAAGUGGAUGAUGAUGGCUGGGGUCCCGAUGCUCCACCAGUGACUCGCACGCAGCUCGAGAAGGUCAAGCCCGCCUAUCAACCUACUCGAGUGAAUCUGCAGCAAUUGAAGUCAGAGAACCAAACCCCGGCCCGUCCGGUGCCCCCGCCGGCCACCCAAGACCAGGGUGAUGUCGUUCGAGGAGGUUACCAGCCCAUCGGUAAGGUCGACAUUGCGGCCAUUCGGAAACAAGCAGCCGAAUCUGGACAGCUGAAGGACGACCGACCUGCUCCGGUGAAAGGAUCGUAUGAGCCGAUUGGCAAGGUUGACAUCGCUGCCAUUCGGGCUAGAGCGCAGAAGCCCGACGAGACUACGGAUACGGGAGCUAUUCCCAGCCCGGCACCUCGCAACGAGCCGACAACGUUGCCCGAGCGGCCGGCCUCGAACCAGGCUGCUGGGCGCCUCACGGAUCUUCCAAAGCCCAAGGUUGCCAACAAGUUUGGCUCCGGCCCAUCGUUCCCUGGCACAAAGCCACCUCUCCCUGUGGGCUUGGGUGCCUCGACUGCCAAUGCCCCCGCGCAGAUUGGCAGCGCCAGUCGAACCUUUGCAGACCAAGGCGGCAAGACUCCUGCCCAGCUGUGGGCCGAGCGAAAGGCCAAGGAGCGUGGAGGAGCGAUUCCUGCGGCGGAACCGAACCCGCAACCCAUCCAAAGCCAGACCAGUGGCCAGGGCGAGUGGAAGAGCUCAUAUACCGGCAAGUCAUGGGCCACCGUGCAGACAGUUCAAGAUGCAUCUGAUUCGUCUCGGGCCGCAGAUGUCAAGGCCUCUGAACCUUCCGAGCCCCAGGUAGCCGAGACGGAGCCGCCAUCUCACGUUCACGACAUCCGUAGCCAAUUCGCUGCUGUCGAAACUGCGCCACCAGUUCCCCAAGUUAGUCGCCCAGUUCCCCUGCCUGGGUUGACCACUCAACAAAAUGAACCCGCGCCUGAGGCCGAGUCCGAGACGGAGCCGGAGCCCGUGCCCGAGGCUCAGCAAGUGCUGCCUACGCCGCCACCGCAGCCGCGUUCCCCAACUCCUCCCACCCCUCCUGUUAGAGAGAGCUCUCCUAUCCGUGUAGCAAUGCCCGUGGGUCGCAGCGUGGCCGAUGCUCAUGAAGAACAGCACUCCCCACCCCCUGCCAUGCCCAUUCAGAGCCUCCAGGAGGCUGUCCCGGAUGAGAAUGAUUUGGAGGACGAUACGCAUCAUGAUAUUGGUCGGGCUGCUGCCGAAGCUAUCGUCGAGCCCACUGUUGGAGAGCAAUCUGCCGCUGGCAUCCGAGCCAUCGUUCAGUUCGACUACGAGAAAGCAGAAGAUAACGAAAUCGAGCUUCGUGAAGGGGAAGAGGUGACUGAGAUCGAGAUGGUUGACAAGGACUGGUGGUUGGGAGUUAACGUCCGUGGCGAACGGGGCCUAUUCCCUGGCAACUACGUUGAGAUUGUCCAGGAUGGUGAUCAUGAUGAUACUGCCGCCGCCGCUGCUGCUCACCAUGUUCCAGAACCCGUGUCAGAGCCGGAGCCGGAGCCUGUAGCGGCCCCCGUGCAGGACGCAGGAGCAGCCGAUGGAGGAUCUCAUCACCCGACUGCAACUGCGCUUUAUGACUAUGAGGCCGCGGAGGAUAACGAGCUCAGCUUCCCCGAGGGAGCAAAGAUCGUCAAUGUGGAGUUCCCCGACGACGACUGGUGGCUUGGAGAGUACCAUGGAGCCCGCGGACUCUUCCCGGCGAACUAUGUCGAGCUGGACAAAUGA